UUUCCAUAAAAUUGAUAUAUUAGUUUAUAUAGUCGAUGUUAAUCUUUUAAAAUUAUAACUCUAACUUAGUUAUUGUUAAAAAAAGUGCGAUAAUAUCUAUAUCACGAGAAGACUGAGACAUUAUAUUGGGGUUUCCAUAAUCACCGUCGUGGUCAUUCACCAUGUGAUAUCUUGCCGACUUUCCGCGUACUAAGGAGCCUUCUUUCUAUGUUCAAAUAAUUUGUUUCUUGGUAUUUGCCCAUUCAUUUCCAUGAAAAACUAACCCAUAUUCUUCUUAAUUACGCCAAACCGCCGUCUUUAACUACCAUCAACUAUAUCUAGAUACAAGUAACAUAAAUCACAUUUCAACAAGCAUAGCACGUGUCAUCUUUUCAUUGGCUACAACUUCUCUUGUCCUCCUCCUAUAAAUUAGGACAAGUUCCAUCAAACUAAUCAUAAGUUCACAACAAACACAUCAAACAUUUCAUCAACAUGAACACUACAAGUCUUGCCAAAAUUAGAAACCCUCUCUACAAAUCCUCUCCUUUCAACAAAAACACUAUCCAUUUUUCAAAAAACAACAAAAUUCAUCGUGUUAACUUCAUAUCAUCAGCUCUUAGAAGAAAUAACUCGUAUGGGUCUCAAUCUGAAGGGCGUAUAGUAGACGAAAAUAUGAUCGUUUUAAGAAAAAGAAUUCAUGAAAUGAAGAUGGUCGAGAGAAAUUACGAGCCUCCUAAAGAAUGGAUGGAAUGGGAGAAGCAAAUUUAUACUCAAUAUGAUGAGUAUAUUGUCAUGGUUUUAGGUUUGAUACAAGCUCAAUUGAUGGAAACAAGACCAAGUGUUGCCCUUGGUGCUUUGGCUUUGCUUACUUUGAGUGUGCCCACUUCUUUAAUUUUGCUUGCUAACCACAUUGCUCAAACUACUAAUACUAUCUUUAAGCUAUAGUAAUUAUGUUUUAAUCAUUUUAGAUCUAGGAAAUGCACAUGAUGUCUAUUUAUUUAAGUGACUUUAAGUAAUAUAUUAGGGGUUGAUUAGGCCACAAUUUUUAAUGCCCAACUCUUGAGUAUUUUAACUAGACUAGAUUAUAUAUAUGUAAUUCGUUGAAUAUCAUCAUCGUGAUCGUAUUCAGAGUUUUUCCGAUAAUUUGUUAUAAGUAUAAUAUUAUUAGUUCUUUUAAUUAGUAAUUGCAUUUUAUUCUAUUUGAAGCUAUAUGGGGAUUCCUUAUGAGCAUCGCCAUAGAAUCAUGUACUCCGUAUUAUAUUUGGUUUUUGUUCCAUAUGCUUCUAACUUGUUUUAUUGGAUGGUAAUAAAUUAUAGAGCUAAUUUUGAGUUGAAUUGAUACUUCUAUUGAUUUUAUGCUCUAUUGGAUGGUAAUUAGACAAGAAUUUGUGACAUGUUUUGUGAUAAAAGUUUAAUAAUCAACUGCAAGUAUAAUGGUAUACAUAAAUUUUUGUAUGAGACAGUUUCACUGUGAGAUGUACUCUAAUAUGGGUUAAAUAAGCCAACUAAUACAAAUCCUUAGCAUAUAAGCUUUUUAUUUUAAGUUCGUUUCACUAAGAGACAGUCUCUCACAAGAGUAACUCAAUGUAAAUGAAACUAGAUGGAUAAGAAUUUUUUUGAAAUUUAAAUGCAACACUAAUGCAAGAUUAGAUUUAUAGCUGUAGUGGGCUGUGGGCCGAUUCAGCCCAACUUGAAACUCCACAAAACCAACACACAUCCAGCACAUUGAGAAACA